AUGAAGAGAAAUAUUAGAUAUUAGAAAAAGAAGGAGAAUGAACCUAUUAAUUAAUUUAAGAGGCUAAAGAUAUUAAAGCUGUAGAAAUAGUUUUAUUAAAGAAGAAACUAAUAGAUCAUGAAGAUGAAGGAGUUCCUUUAACUACCAUGAGAGAAAUUUCAUUAUUAAAGAAGUAAGAAAUUAUAGAAAUAAUAUUUCCAAUAUCCAUAUAUUGCUCCUCUAAAAAAUGUUGUUUAUGAUUAGUCUAGAUUGUAUUUAAUCUUUAUUUCUGUGGAUUAAGACUUAACAAAUACAUGGAAAGUGUAACUUACUUUCAUAGAAUUAAAGUGAAGAAAUUCAUUUACUACUAAAUUAUUGCCAUUAAAUAGAGUUAUUCAUAGAGAUUUAAAGAUUUUAAGUAUUUUGGUAGACAUAAAACAGCAAAACACUAAAAAUAUCAGAUUUUGGAUUAGCAAGAGCAUUUAAAGAUUCAGAAAUUGAUUAUUUAUACAAGAUAUUUAAGAUCAUGGGAACUCCAAAAGAGUUCNAACUUACUUUAUAAUAGAGAAAAUAAAUUUUGUAGAUAUUCUAAACAAUCUCUUUUAGUGUAUAAAAAUUAUCCUAUUACAUAAAUUGA